CGGGCCCGCGGGCUAAGAUGGCGGAGGGGGUGCUGAGCGCCGGGGUGAACCUGGAGGCCUUCUCGCAGGCCAUCGCCGCCAUCCAAGCGCUGCGCUCCAGCGUCACGCGCGUCUUCGACUGCCUCAAGGAUGGCAUGCGGAACAAGGAGACGCUGGAGGGCCGCGAGAAGGGCUUCGUGGCCGCCUUCCAGGAGAGCCUGCACUCCGUGAGCCGCGACCUGGGUGAACUGGAGCGUCUGAGCAAUCUAGUUGGUAAACCGUCUGAGAACCAUCCCCUCCACAACAGUGGACUCUUGAGCCUAGAUCCUGUUCAGGACAAAACACCUCUUUACAGUCAGCUUCUUCAAGCCUACAAAUGGUCAAAUAAGUUGCAGUACCAUGCGGGGCUCGCAUCUGGCCUUUUGAAUCAGCAAUCUUUGAAACGCUCUGCCAACCAGAUGGGAGUAUCUGCAAAACGCAGACCAAAAGCUCAGCCUACAACUCUGGUCCUACCUCCUCAGUACGUGGAUGAUGUGAUCAGCCGCAUCGACAGGAUGUUUCCCGAAAUGUCCAUCCAGUUGUCCCGGCCGAAUGGAACCUCUGCGAUGCUCCUGGUUACCUUAGGAAAAGUUUUGAAAGUGAUCGUGGUGAUGCGGAGUCUCUUCAUUGACCGGACGAUAGUCAAAGGAUACAACGAAAAUGUCUAUACUGAAGAUGGCAAGCUUGACAUAUGGUCUAAAUCCAACUAUCAAGUAUUUCAGAAGGUGACGGAUCAUGCAACCACUGCGCUCCUGCACUACCAGCUGCCUCAGAUGCCUGACGUGGUGGUGAGAUCUUUCAUGACCUGGUUGAGGAGUUACAUAAAGCUGUUCCAGGCUCCGUGCCAGCGCUGCGGAAAGUUUCUGCAGGACGGGCUGCCGCCCACGUGGAGGGAUUUCCGAACGCUCGAGGCUUUCCAUGACACCUGCAGGCAGUAGCCGAGCAGCCCAGGUCCCCUUCUGAACCUUUCGUCCUGGGCUAAUUCACAAGGUUGCACUAACACAUUUGACUAUUUAAUAGCCACUUGGCUAUUAAAUCCAAUAUUGGCUUUAAUAGCCCUUUGGCUAUUAAAUCCAGCUACAAGGAACACGAGUCGAAUGGGGUACAGGGUGACGAGCUGUGUGGGGUUGCUUGAUGUUUCUCUGCUGAAAUGACGUUUGGGGUCUGACAUUUGUCCUCAUUAUCCCAAACAAUAAGAAUAUCCAUGUACAGUAUGUGUGUUUUGC